AUGAAUUUCUGUGAUAAGCUAUUUGACACGAUAUAUAUAUAUGAUGUAUUUAUCAGUUUUAGAGGUUCUGACACUCGCAAUGGCUUUGUCGGCCAUCUCUACGGUCAUCUAGUUAGAAAAGGUCUUAUCGUUUUCAAAGAUGACAUAGAACUUCGGAGAGGAGAAUAUAUUGCACCCCAACUUUUGCAAGCAAUUAAAGAUUCACGAGUUUCUAUCGUUGUCUUCUCGAAAGAUUAUGCUUCCUCAACUUGGUGUUUGGAUGAAAUGACUACCAUUGAUGAAUGCCGUGCUGAACUAAGACAGACUGUUUUCCCUAUUUUCUAUGAUGUUGAUCCAUCUCAUGUCCGAAAACAAAAUGGAGUGUAUGAGAAUGCCUUUGUUGUACACACUGAGUCAUUCAAACAUGAGCCACACAGAGUUGAUGGGUGGAAGAAAGCUAUGACCUAUUUGGCUGGAUUAGGUGGCACAGAUGUCAGGAAUAAGCCAGAAUUUGAAAUGAUUGAAACAAUUGUUCAGGAUGUAACAAACACAUUGAAUCCGAAAUUGUCAGGGUGUUAUGAUCAUCUUAUUGGAGUAAGACCUUGUGUCGAAGCAUUAGAAAGACUUUUAAACUUAAAGUCAGAGGACAAUGCUUUUCGGGUUUUAGGAAUACGGGGGAUGGAUGGCAUAGGAAAGACAACUCUUGCAAAUGUCUUGUAUGAUACAAUCGCAUAUCAAUUUAGUGCUUGUUGUUUUAUUGAGAAUCUUAGCACAAUUUAUAGGGAUGGCGAUGCUAUUGCUGUCAAGAAACAAAUUCUUCAUCAAACUUUGAAAGAAAAAAAUCUGGAUGCAUACAAUCUCUCUGAAAUAUCUAAAAUUUUAAUAAAUAGGCUAUAUAACAUGAAGGUCCUCAUAGUUCUUGACGAUGUUGAUCAAUUUGAGCAACUAGAUGAAUUGCACAUAGAUCCCAAAUUACUACAUCCUGGAAGUAGAAUAAUCAUAACCACCAGAGAUGUGCAUAUUCUUGAAUUGUAUGGAGCGAAUAUAAUUCAUGAGGUUGAAUUGAUGAAUGAUUAUGAUGCUCGGGAACUUCUAUGUAGAAAAGCCUUCAAAAAUGGUAAUUCAAGCAAUGAUUAUGCAGAACUUAUUUCUAAUGUACUAAGAUACGCUCAAGGUCUUCCAUUAGCAAUUAAAGUAAUGGGUUCUUUCUUGCAUAAUAAAAACACCACCCAAUGGAAAGAUACCUUGAAAGGAUUAGAGAAGAAUCCGAAUAGUGAAAUUAUGAAAGUUCUCCGGUCAAGUUUUGAGAAACUCGAGGGAAGAGAGAAAGAAAUAUUUUUGCAUAUUGCUUGUUUCUUUGAAGGGGAGAGGGAGGAUUAUGUUAAGCAAGUUCUAGAUGCUUUUGGAUUGCAAUAUGAUAUUGGAAUUUCACUAAUUGCUAAGAAAUCAUUCAUAACCAUUAGAAACCAGAAAAUUUAUAUGCAUAAAAUGUUGCAAGAGUUGGGGAAACAUAUUAUUCGGGAACAACAUCCUAAUGAGCCAAGAUUAUGGAGUAGAUUGUGGCUUCAUUGUGAUCUCGAUGAUGCAAUUAGAAAAUCGGAAGCAAUAAAUGCUAAAGCCAUAAUUCUAAAUCAAAGGGAGGAUGUUAGCAAAUUCAAGCAGUUGAGGGAUGAAGAUUUAGCAAAAAUGGAGAACUUGAAAGUGCUCAUAUUAAAUCAUUCAAAUUUUUCAGGAAGCUCCAAAUUUCUUCCCAAUUCCGUACGCUAUCUUUUGUGGAAUGGUUGCCCUAUGACGUAUUUGUCAUCAAAUUUUCAACCAUAUAACCUUGUAGAAUUGAAUAUGCCUAAUAGUAGCAUGGUACAACUAUGGAAAGACUUCCAGGAACUCCCCUUUUUGAAAAGGAUGGAUAUCAGCAACUCCAAAAAUCUAAAGGUCACUCCAAGGUUUGAAGGGAUGCAAUAUCUCGAGAGGCUAGAUCUUACAGGAUGCAUAAAUUUGUCGGAGGUGCAUCCAUCAAUUGGACUUCUGGAAAAACUUGAAUUCUUGAGUUUGCAGAACUGUACUAGUCUAGUUAACCUUGAUUUUGGAAAUGCAGCUAGAUUAUGGUCUUUAAAAGUUUUGCGUCUCUCUGAUUGCAAGAAACUUGAAAACACUCCGAAUUUCAGUGGAUUGAUUUUUCUACAAUAUCUUGAUAUGGGCCGAUGUGCAAGUAUAUCCACGAUUCAUGAAUCUAUCGGGACUCUUGAAAAACUCAGAUUCAUAAGUUUGAGAGACUGCACAGAUCUUGUUGAAAUACCUGCACAAUUAUUGAGAUCUCUUACAACUCUAGAUCUUUGUGGAUGCUCUAAAUUCAAUAAGCUGUCAUUGAGACAUAUUUCCACUUCUCAAUCUCUGCAAUCUUUGAUUUUUCUAGACUUAAGUUUUUGCAAUAUUGUUAAAGUACCUGAUGCUAUUGGAGAAUUUAGGUGUUUAGAAAGACUAAAUCUUCAGGGAAAUAACUUUACUGAACUACCCUCCACUUUCGGUAGACUUCACAAUCUAUCAUAUUUAAACCUGUCUCAUUGUCAUAAGCUUCAAAGUUUGUCUGAUCUCCUACCAGCAAGAUCUAGUUCAGUGGGAAGAUAUUUUAAAACAACACCUGGAACCCGUAAUCAUAGAUCAGGAUUAUAUAUUUUUGAUUCUCCCAAUUACAAUAAGCAUGUAUCCUUCUACGACUACGAAUAUUAUUUCGGUUGGUUAUUCACUCGCUGGGUAAAAAGACUAGUUAUGAAACCUCUUCACUUUCGAUGUGGCUUUGACAUUGUUCUUCCUUUGCAUGGAGAUACCACUGAUUGUGAUGUAAAUCUUGCCAUUCCAAGGUAUUUCCGUCACCGGUAUAAUGGGAGUUCAAUAGCAAGGAUGACUGUUCCUGUUCUGGAUGUCGACUGGCUCGGCUUUCUCUUUUAUGUCACAUUUGAUUUAAAUAAUCAUAAUCAGCAAUCGUCAUCUUCACAACUGCCACAUCCAUUUUAUCUUUCUUUUGAGAGUGAAUACAAAGAAGAACGAUUUGAUAUGGCACUUAAUUUGGAACUAAACAAGGUUGAUGGAGAACAUUACAUUUGGAUGAUCUAUAUAUCUCGGGAACAUUGUCAUUUUGUAAAAACAGGAGCACACAUCACAUUUAAAGCCCGCCAAGGUUUGAUUAUCAAGGAAUGGGGGUUGCGUCUCAUAACCGAGAAAGACACACAGGGCUCAAUGAUGGAAAUGAGUGUACCAGUACAUCUUCCUUUAGAGAAUGUGAAAGUAAAACAAAGAAGCGACAGCAGUAGCUUUGAGCCCAAAAUCCAACUUCCUUACAAUUGGUUUGUUUCUGACAAAGAUGAAGCCAAUGGAAAAGAAACCGAUCUCUUUAAUCUUGGCCUUUCAACCGAAAUACCACAGUGAAAAACACAAUAUAUUCUCCAGACCUGAGAUGUAUGGUGUCUGAUCUUUGCUUUGGCAUCUAUAACCACUAGCUCAAUCUAUAAGGACUCAAGUUUGCGGAAUAGUACUACACAGACAAAAACAAUCGGGUGCUGGGAGUUGGGAACAUGAUGAAGUGUUUUAAUAUAACAAUGUGUUUAGCUUUCCGAAUUUAAGUAUUAAUGUUGUGAGAGUGCUUCUAAUUAUUUGAAGUUUUGUCUGUU